AUGGGUUGUAAAUUUAGCAAACUUUCAGAAUGUUUGAGUGACAAGGAGAGCCGAAUUUUGAUAUUGGGUUUUGAUGCAGCAGGCAAAACCACCAUUUUAUACAACUUACAGCUUGGGGAAGUGAUCCGAUCGUUUCCCACAGUGGGCUUCAAUGUAGAAACUCUGGACUACAAGAAUGCCCGGUUUGUUGUUUGGGAUGUUGGGGGCCAGGAAAACAUGAGGCAUCUAUGGAGAGAAUACAUUGGCAAGUCAUGCAAAGGUGUUGUGUAUGUGGUGGAUAGCGGUGACAGAGAGUGUAUAUAUGAGGCAAUUGAGAUGUUGCAUAGGAUAAUGAGUGAGCAGUCUUUGAGAAAUGUUGCUCUUCUUCUCUUUGCAAACAAGCAGGAUUCUCCCAAUGCAAUGACUUGUGAUGAGAUAAGCGAGAAGCUUGAUCUGCAGUCUUUGACUCAGUGUCGAUGCCAUGUUCAGGGCUCCUGUGCUAUUUCUGGCAAAGGGUUACUUGAUGGCUUAGAUUGGCUUUCGAAUAAUGUUCAGGGUUUUAGUUUUGGCAAGCAUUCGAUGAUAUCAAAAUUCACUGUCGAAGAUCUAAUUUCUAGAAGAGAUUACAAGAUCGGAUUUGAGAGGAGAUUACAAAUUUUGUAA